AUGUCGUUUCGCAACAUCUUCAACAGAACCCUCCCAUGGGUACAAUCACCACUCAUCGCCAACGCUCCCAUGAGCGGCGCAGCACUCAGCGAACUCGCCAUUGCCGUCAGCCGUGCUGGGGGACUCGGUCAAAUCGGUUUCUUGGAUGACAUGCACGAACUUUCAAACGAGCUACAGGUCGCGCGUGACAAACUACAAGACCUCAUGGCGACUCUUCCCGAUCCGCAAGUUUUACCAAUCGGAGUUGGCGUGAUAGUUUUCGGGUCCCCGAUGGAAGCAUGGAUGAGGCUUUUCAAGACUCACAAACCAGCCGUUGUUUGGCUUUCGUUCGCUGCGACAAAUCAACUUCAACAAUGGACCGAAGGAAUUCGUCAGGCAUCCCCAAAAACGCAGGUGUGGGUUCAGUUGGGCAGCGUGAAAGCAGCAUUGGACGUUGCCCAAGCCUGUCAUCCCGAUGCUUUGGUCCUACAAGGGAGUGAUGCCGGAGGUCACGGUCAUCAAGAUGGAGCUAGUAUUGUGAGCCUUGUCCCCGAAGUUACAGAUACACUCCUGCAGCAUGGAAUUAGCGACAUUCCCUUGAUCGCGGCCGGCGGGAUUGUUGAUGGCCGAGGCACUACCGCCGCACUAUCACUUGGUGCAUCUGGUGUGGUGAUGGGAACUAGAUUCUUAUCAGCGCCUGAAACACGCAUCCCACGAAUCUAUCGUGAUGCCAUCUUUAAGGCCUCCGAUGGCGGACAAGCCACGGCUCGAUCGCGGGUGUUUGACGAGAUGUGGGGGCCCAAUUUUUGGCCAAAGACCUAUGAUGGACGAUGUCUCCGGAAUAAGGUGUACGAUCGAUAUGUAUCAGGUGAAGAUAUUAAUCAAAUUCGGAAGUGGUUGUCCUCGGCAAUGAAUGAACCUGGAGCUGAGUCCCUGGAUGUUCACGACAUGGGCAGUUUAUGGGCCGGGACGGGUGUUGGCAUGGUGAAUACGAUGCAGAUGGCAGGCGAUAUUGUUCGGACAGUGCGAGAUGAUGUCAGGAAAGGAAUUGGAUCUCUUGUCGGAGAGUAUUGA